CAGAAGCACUGAAGUCAGUUAGUCUUAGCAGGCCGGUACAAUGUCCAAACAGUAACGCAGUCAUUACUUGGUGUACAUAACUUUAAAAUAUAAAUGCAGUUUUGUAAAUAUUUCCAUCUGCGCUUCUGCUGAGGACGCUUCUACUUUCCCAACGUUCGGUAUGGCAAGCUGUGGAGAAGUGGACUGCUCACUGACUGCCCUGACUCCCUCCAAGCUGAUAGAGGAAGUGGGUGAUACUUGUGCUACAGACACCUCUAGUUCCACCAACACCCCAGAGUGUGCCAUCUGUCUGCAGAGCUGCAUCCACCCCGUACGCCUUCCAUGCUGCCACGUCUUUUGUUUCCUCUGUGUGAAAGGUGCUUCCUGGCAUAGCAAACGCUGUGCUCUCUGCAGACAGGAAAUCCCAGAUGAUUUCCUGGAGCGCCCAGUUCUCCUCUCACCUGAAGAACUGAAAGCAGCAGCUGCAGGGGUGCGCCGAAGUAUAGGGGCAGGAGGUGGUUCCCAUGGAGACUUUGCAUGGUACUAUGAGGGCCGCAAUGGCUGGUGGCAGUAUGAUGAGAGGACCAGCCGUGAGCUGGAGGAGGCUUUCUUAAAGGGCAGGAAGAGCACAGAGAUGCUAAUUGCAGGGUUUCUUUAUGUAGCUGACCUGGAGAACAUGGUGCAAUAUCGCCGGAAUGAGCAUGGCCGCAGACGCAAGAUAAAGCGUGAUGUUGUAGAUAUCCCAAAGAAGGGAGUCGCCGGACUGAGGCUAGAUCCUGAACCUGACCCAAUUCCUGCUUUACCAGUUGUCACCACAGCUGCAACGCAACGUGUCAUCUCAGCUGAUGGAUCGGAUGCUGCAGGUCAAUCACAGUCUUUAUCCUUUGGGAUUAUGGCAUCUCUUCCUCCUGCUAGACCUCCAACACUCCUGGGACACCAUCUCACCAGUCCCCUCUCUCCUUCACCCUCAUCCCUGGAAGAAUCUUUCUCCCAGCUCCUAAUAAACCAGCCAGAGGGUGAAGAGGUUGAAGGAGACGAGUCGCAGAUGUAUGAGUAUGCAUCUGGCAGCAGCGACAGUGAGGAGGAAAGGGAGUGCGAGAAACGGAGAGGAGAAUCGAUGCCACAGAGACAAAGAGACAGGCAAAGACCACUAAGAGAGAGCCAGCCAUCUAGAAUGCCUCCAAGGGGAGGACCAUCCAGCUCUGCACUCAGCCUCCGCUCACGUAGUCCUGAUGGACAGUGCACUGUGACAGAAGUGUGACUGCGACAGUUCUACAGACAACAGUUCUUAAGUCUUCAAAAGUGUGGCAAAAAAUAUAGAAACCAUCAUGCAUCUUUCCCAUUACAUGAAAAAUACCUUUAUUUUGUUGUUGUGUCACUAGCCGUGUUUCCCUCCACUGAUCAUGUGCCAUAUAUGAUCCUAUGAUGCUUGUUACCUAUUUUCAUACCAAACUCUUCUGGGGUGAUUCGAAGAUCUCCAUGCAGUUGAAUGUAAUCUUUAGUUUCGGGGGAAUAUGGUCUACACUUCCUUCCACCUGCAGGUCUUCAGUGGUAAUAAGCAGCAGCUUCGAUGACAAAGGUCACAGUGGUGUAUUUAGAUGUUAGUUUGCAUCCAACAUCAAGAGCUCUCUUCACUGCUAACGUAUACUUAAUUAGCACCUGGGAUGAACUCUUGUCCAUCUUUGUUGUCCUUGUGUUUCAUGCAAAAAUGCCUAAAACCAAUGAAUACAACUGCAACACUCUAAGGGACCUUUAAGACAUAAAUUAAAGCCUUUUGAAAAAACAAAAAGCUACUUUUAGUCAGCAUAUACAAUGGUAGUUAUGCAUCGCUCAUCAACAGGUUUAUAAUGAAGCAUAAGAAGUCUGGCAGCUUCUUAGUCAGUGUUGUCUGAAAACUACCAUCUGCCACUGCCUUUACAACAGUUUGCAAUAGAAGCAAUAGCAAUACAAAUUCUUUGAAAUGAAACUAAACUUUGUUCUCUAAUCAUACAAGCUGGGUAACAUGGCUGAUCUGUCUGUUCUUUCUAUCAGAGUGACAGUGUGAAAAUCAAGCUUAAAUGUAGCACCUUAUGUACCAGUGCUUUUUCCUGCUUUGAUGAUUAGGGUUUUUUAAGUUAAGACGUUUUAAUCAGGACCUAAUUAAUAACUAUUUAAGCUGGAGCUUGUGUAGUCUGUGUUUACAUAUAUGUUUAUGUGUGUGAAGAGGUUUAGUGUAAAAUUCUUAAUAAUGUGGUGUGUUUGUGUUGUGAGUGGUGUUGGGUGCUGAAAAGCUUCUGGCAGAACCACUGGAAAGUAUUAGGCUGUUUAUGUAGAGGGACACAUUUGGAUUUCUAUUUUUUGUCAUAGUACUCUCGAUAGGACUACUAUCUGAGCACUGGCAGUGAUGUGCUUGGGCGAACUUGCGCUGUCCUCACACACCCCCUUUUCUUUUUUUUCUUUUGGUCCAGCUGUGAUUAUUUUAACAGUCAACUUUUUACUGUUUGUGUCUCUCUAUCUGAAUUACCUAAAGCUAACUUCUGUCAGUGUGGUGUAGCCCCUGUGGUGUUCUGUCAAGUUAUUAAAGGUGUUGAUCCAUAAUUUAAAAUCAUGUGUUGGCUGGCUUUUUUUUUAUUGGAUCACGUAGUUGAAUACUUCACAGUAUUAUAGGAAGAAUGUGGAAACAGAAGUGGAACCAAUCCAUAGGCCUGUUUGUAAUCUCUGCAUUGAGUUUAGUCUAAAUGUAGUGCACCUUAAGUGUCCACAGGGUGGAGCUGUUGCACAAUUUAAGUGGCACUGACAACUCCAGGCUACUGUGGAUCUAGUUAGAUAUUUUUGAGUCAAUAGUGCAUAACAUGUAAGUUAGCUUCAUUUUCAAGCUUCAUUUUAUUAGUUUCAACACAAAGAAUUUGUGGCCUUCGGGUGGCAGCAAUAAAUGGAAAAAGGAAUAUUUAUAAUUUUCAGAAUUGGUAAGAAAUACUUUAAAGUUUGAGGCCUGAGCUAAACUGUAUAUUAUGUGUUUACACUACUUUAUUGCUAAACUAUGACUCUAGAUGUACCAGGGGUUAUUUUGUUUGAUUGUGAAGUGGUCCUACCAUCUGUCACAUAAACAAAGUAAGUGUCCUGUGGUGUUUAUUGAAGGUGAAUUUUACCUGCAACUAAAACGUUUACAUUAAAACAACUUUGUUAAAGUGA